UGCAGCAAUAUGAAAACACUCGUAGAACUAAAAGAAGAAGAGGAGGAGCAGGGAGAUGAAGAAGAAGCAGAUGAAGAGGUUUUUAGCCUGGAGCUGGAGCGAGGUGAAAGAGGGAUUGGUCUUGCUCUAAUAGACACAAGGGACACUUCUUUGAAGGCGAAGGGCAUCUUUAUUCGUGCAGUGGUCCCAGACUCUCCAGCUGCCCGGUGUGAGAAGCUGUUACCAGGAGACAGGAUCUUGGCUGUUAAUGGAAUCAGCCUUCUUGGACUGGACUACCAAAACGGGAGGGAGCUGAUCCAGUCAUCAGGGGCCAGACUGAGGUUACUCGUGUCCAGAUCAAACUGGAUGGCUAAGAUUAUACAGAAUGAGUGCUGACGCUACAUUUGCUGAGAGACUUGUGACAACCAUCAGCACUUAAAGAUGAUUCUGAGAGCUUUUGGAAUUUUCAAGUUAAAGGAUAUGGACAAUUUAAAGAAAAUCUUCAAUCUUCUAUCAGGUUUUAGAUGUUUUGCAGCUUUUUAAUUUACAUCACAGUGGCAUCAUAGUCCUUUUUUGUGUGUGGUCAAGGUUACAUUAGUGUUAUCAUUUCCAUUGGUAGAAGACAAGACCUUUUCUCUCCAUGCUCUCUCCAAAUACAACACCGUCACCCCAGGAAUAAGAAAGCUGAUGCAAUAACACACAAGGAACAUUUUUCACAGUGUUAUCAAAGUUCCACUCCCUUGUUUAGUCUGGCAUCAUUAGACAUUUCUGGAUCCAAGUAUUUCUUCACUUCAAAAGAAGCAAACGAGCACUGAGGCACUACUGGGAGUAAAAACUGUGGCUGUUCUCCCCGGUUUUGCAAUAACAUUUAACAUUCAGACAUCCAUGACAAAGACGAUUUAUGAGGUCGUAACCAGAAGUAAGUUAGCUAGAUAGUUUACAUGUUGAUAGUUGAUAUACCAUACUCUGAUUCAAAUAUAUUUUUAAAAACACAACGAACAAAAAAUUAACAUGUAGCCCACUGCAACAACUGUAAAGGUAAAUGAAGACAGAAAUCUCAAUUCCAGCAAUGUUUGGAGGGUUAGUGAAGUGAGGCUUGUUGACAUAUGAUCAUUUGCUACUUAUGACAAUAAAGCACAUAUAAACAUAUCAACUCAGUGAAGAUGUAGGAUGUGGAUUCAGUUGUUCUUUUUGUACAUGUUAAAGAGAAGGCUUUGAAAAUGGACAAAACUUCAGUCAAGAGAACAUCUGAAAUGAGACCAUCUACAACAUUAUGUUACUGGAUGGUCUGGAUUUUUUACCAUGAACAAGUCCUGAAUACUUUGGAA